AUGUUGCAAUACAACAUUCUUUGGCUUGAUGCCAAUGCGUCAGAUCCAAUGAGCAGUUUUCGUACUAAACUUGGCGAUGCGCAAACAUUUACAGAUGUAACUAGUUGCAUUCAAUAUGUUCAAUCUCAUCCAAAUGAACCUAUUUAUCUUAUUGUUUCGGGUUCGUUUGCUAAAGAAGCCGUUCCAAAAAUCUAUGAAUCCUCAAACAUUGUACAGAUCUUCCUUUUUUGCGGAUCAGUUUCUGCUUAUGCGGAAUGGGGAAUGGAUUAUUGUGAUAAAAUGAUGAUAUUUGAUCAUGGUGACGAUCUUUUAGAACGUUUAUGGAACGAUUUACAAAAAAAAUUACGGGAACAAGCGACACUAUGUUUUAAAAGUGCAGAGGAGUAUAAACAACGAGCUUUACAACAUAAAAAGUCAUAUAGUUAA